UCACAUAGGCAGUGGCACCUGAGUGUCAAGUGUGGCAGUGGCAGAGUGCGCUCAGCCUUACUUUAGCACUUCAGUUCAUUCCAAGCGCUCUGGAAGACUAGGCUGACCUGCCUUACCAUCUCUUACUUGACCCAUAAAUGAACAGAAGAAGGAGGUAACGAAAUCAAAGAAUGUCGAAGUCCGAGUCACCACCGUCCUCCUACGAUCUCCACGAUGUCAAGACCUCGUCCGUGUUGGAACUUACAACAAAUGAAGUUAUGCAGAGUAAGGAAAAAAUAAGACAGAAAAAUGCACCGAGAGAAGGAAAACUGAAAACAUCGGACUUGGGAGCGCUUAUCCACAUCAUCAAGAGCAGCAUGGGCUCUGGGACCUUGGCGAUGUCCUACGCCUUCAGCAACAUCGGACUGUUGGUUGGAGUCUUCGGCAUGGCCUUCGUGGCGCUCAUCUGCGCGCACUGCACCCACAUUCUGGUGAAAUGCUCCCAAGAGUUGUGCUACCAAAGGAACUUGAGUUCUAUGAGCUAUGCAGACACUGUAGAGUCGGCCUUCAAGCUAGGAGCUAGUCGUAGGUUCAGUCAUUGGAGUAAGUUUAUGAGAGCACUGGCGAAUUUCUUCUUGUUUAUCACUUACUACGGGGUGACCACGACCUACGUCAUACUCGUGGCUACCUCAUUCAAACAGGUGAUUGAAAAUCACUCCGAUGUCAGUAUGGACACUAGAUGGUAUGUCCUUAUUCUGACAGUCAUUCUACUCCCAGUCGGUAUUGUCCGGCACAUAAAGUUCCUCGUGCCGUUCAGUGCCAUGGCAAACGUCUUCCUUCUGAUUGGUUGUACCGUCACCAUAUACUUCUGCGUGAUCGACAUGCCGCCUCUGUCGUCUCGGCCGAUGGUGGUUACCAUCACCCGGUGGCCUCUGUUCUUCUCAACUGCUCUCUUCGCCAUGGAAGGCAUCGGAACUGUUAUGCCGAUAGAAAACUCUGUACGAAAGCCCGCCAACUUCCUCGGCUGUCCUGGAGUGCUGAACAUCGGCAUGGCCAUCAUUGCCGUUUCUUUCGUGCUUUUGGGAGCUGUCGGUUAUAUCAAGUAUGGGGAGGACGUCAAGGGGAGCAUCACCCUUAAUUUACCCCAGGACGUAUCAGCAGAAAUUAUUAAGAUCCUCGUUGCUCUAGCUAUUCUACUCACCUAUCCCUUGCAGCUGACAGCUGCUAUUGAGGUUGUGUGGGGAGGGGUCUCUGCUAAAUUCUCAGAGGAGAACCAAGACAAAGGCUAUUACCUCACGAGGGCUUUGUUGAUUCUGGGCACAGUUUUGAUAGCGAUCGUCCUUCCGAAUCUGAGUCCUGCUCUGUCGCUGGUGGGUGCCAUCGGGUUCUCAGGUCUCGGACUCCUGAUGCCUACCAUUACAGAGUUGGUCACAUACUGGGACUACAUCAGCAAACCCUGCGGUGUCACUAUCAUCAAGGCUGUGAUUCUCGUGCUCUUCUGGGCCAUCGCUACCGUCAGCGGCACAAUCACGAGCGUCCAAGAAAUCAUAGCAGAAUACCAUAUCUCUUAGCGGAAUAAACGUAUUUUAAAACCAU